AUGACUAUUCCAAGUGACAUUGGAAGGCUUGCUAGAUUGGAGCAUCUAGACCUGUCGAAUAAUCAGCUCACCGGGUCUAUUCCAGCUGCUGUUGGAGGUCUCACAGACUUGACUUCGCUAGACCUCUCCAACAACCCUUUGUCCGGCUCCAUUCCCAACAGCUUCACCUCCCUCGGUCGGCUCCGCUCACUGAGAGUCAAUGCCACCAACCUCAGUGGAACGCUGCCAACAUUUCUGGGGCUCUUCUCUCUCGAUUCACUCAACAUCAGCGGCACAAGCCUCACGUGCCCGCCUGACUACUCCUCUGGCUGUGACCCAGCGCUAGUAUCGCCCAAGUCAGCCUUCUGCCAGACGUGCCGCUCCUUCUGCAACACAUGCGGCCAACCUGCAGGUUCGACCACAAACAGCAGCAGCAGCAGCGAUUCUUCUCCAGCAGCAUCUGGAGGAGGAGGUGGUUUAUCAGUGGGAGCCAUCAUUGGCAUUGCUGUUGCUGCUGUGGUCAUUCUGCUGCUGCUGCUGGGUUCCGUGCUGCUUUACCUCAGGCACAAGAUGCAGCAGAAGCCACCAGGUAGGAUGACUGGAAAGUUCGACUUGCCUCAACUCAACGCAUGCUCAAAUGACAAGUCACCUCGACCGUGCUAA